CCAUUGUUUUUCAUUCCGAAAGGUAAAAUUGAAGUCAGUUUUUUCACACGCUCGUGGAGUGUAGUUGUUUGUGCGAUUGAGCUACGAUGAGCGGCCGCGACCUCUCUCCGAUAUAAGCCUAGUGAUUGUUAGUUGUCAUUGUUCUUGUGCAGUGCAGUGUGAUUUGCAGUCAUCAAUUCCUGAUCAAAUAUGGCUCGGUUAACGGAGGAGAUGGUGAUCGCUAGAUCGAAGCAAUCGGAUCUGUCUGCGAUAAAGAAACUCAACUGCUGGGGCGCGGAGCUGGGCGACGUCAGCCUGCUGCGCCGGAUGCCCAACGUGGAGGUGCUCGCUCUCAGCAUCAACAAGAUCCGUUCGCUGGUGGACUUCGCGAGCUGCCGGCGCCUGCGCGAGCUGUACGUGCGCAAGAACGAGAUCCGCGACCUCGCCGAGAUCCGGCACCUGCGCCACUUGCCCGACCUCACCAGCCUGUGGCUGGACGAGAACCCCUGCACGCUGCAUCCCGAGUACCGGAUGACAGUGUUGAAGAACCUCCCGAACCUCGAGAAACUGGACAAUGUCGUCGUACAUCCAGAAGAAGUACAAGAAGCUAUCCGGAAAGGCGUCCACAUUCCAGAUUCAGACGACGAAGGUUAUCCGCAACAAGAAUCGUUCGGCGGGUACCGCCGGCAGCGCUCGUGCGAGUCGAGCCCGGAGCGCGAGGAGCCGCCGCGCCACGCCCCGCACCCCGCGCACCCCGCGCACCGCCACGAACAGUGGGCGCAGGCCAGCGACAGCUCCGCGGAGCCCGAGCCCGCAGCGGAGGCCGAGCCGCAGCACCAGUGCGCGGCGUCGCCCACGCGGCGCGUGUCGCCCGACGCGGACGACAGGUACGAGAGGUUCGACCAUCCCACGCCCGCCUCCGCCAUGACCACCUCACACUACGAGCCGCGCGGGCCGCGCUCGCCGGACGCGUCCAUGCGCCACUCGGUGUCGGCGCACAGCGUCAAAGACUACUCGUACGGGCUGAACGGCGAGUGGCGCCACGCGCUGCCCUCCCCCCACCACGACCACGCCAGCGAGCGCGGCGACAGAAGUGAAACAUUCUCAGUGCGCGGCGAGUGGGAGCGGGACAGGGACAGGGAGCGGGACAGCGCGCGGGACAGGGACAGAGAGUACCCGUCCGCGGUCAUGGCGGAACAUCGCGGGUUUACACGACGACCUGUCGCGAGGAACUCGAACCUGCUGUCGGCCGUGCUGUGCCUGGUCAAGGAGCUGGACUACCCCAGCCUCGAGGUCGCCGAGAUGGCCGUCAGAUGUCGAAUGGACGAGUUGGCCAACACCCACUGACAGCAAGCCGACGCCGAGUAGACGGCACCCCUGUACAUACCACCACACUACUUCAAACACUACAAACGAAUAUGUGACUUAUGCAGGUUGACAUACAGUACAUUUUGCCACCCAAGGCUCGUCCUACCGAAGUAUAACGUUGAUAAUUGAAAUUAAAGGAAAAUAAUGACUUAACUAUCUGAGUAUAGAGUGCAUUUUACCACACAAAUUAACAGAAUAUGAAAUAAAUUUGCAAUACGCUUGCUAACAAAUAAAGGAAUCGAAAAGAAACGGUGCUAAUCAUUUCGUCUCACUCACACACUAUACACGGUAUAGAGUUAAAGUGAGAGCGAAUGACUAACGCCGCUCGCUUUUCGAUUCGUUUGUUUAUUAGCACGCGUUAUAAUAGUUUUAUUUUUAUUCCAUUGUGCUAAAAUCGUUUUUUUUUUCAUCACUUGCAAAAUUUUGCAUUUAAAAGAAAAUAAAUUAAGUACCUUAGUGAUUCUAUUCCAUAAAAUGUUAGAACUAAACAUUUAUCACCUUAAUUUGACAAGGUUGUAAAAUUCCAGUGUUCAAAAAAGUUAUAAUCGAAAUAUGAGUGUUUAGAAAUAAAGUGGUAUUUCCUUUAACGUAAAAAUGCCAGUGAAAUUAAACGAUAUCAAAUCUUAAGAGUGACAGAAUAAAGACGUUCUUGCAUUGAUGGCGAGUUUUAUGAUAUAAAGUGUUCGUGUAUGAAUGUGUCGUCGCGUCCUUGUCGCACAAAGCGUGGUAGAAACGUGUGCGAAAGGGACAACAUUAUGUGAUUAUUGAAUUGACUGUUUAAGAUUGAUUUUUAACAAAAAGCAUAGGUUUCAAAUUGUUGUUUAUAAAAUGUUGGUGCUGAGUUUGAACAAAUGUUUGGUGUUGGCGAAUCGAUGUGUGGAAAGUUAGACACUUAAUACUGGCCCAAUUUAAUAAGUGCUUAAAGCAAUUAAAA